GUAGAGAAGAUCAGAAGAAGAUUCGUAUUGUGAAGACCAUGUCAUCGACACAGACUUGGGAGGAGCGGAAGGGCAACGACGAAUUCACCAAAGCUCGAGACGCCAGCGAGCAGGAGAGAGGAGGCGGCAGCAAUAUCCUGGGCACCGUCGUCGGUGCCGUACAGGGAACGCUGGAGAAGGCCAAGGAGGUGGCUUUCGGUGGCUCCGGCGAGAGGGAGGAGGAAGGGAAAGAAAGAGUCGGUGAGUACAAGGACGCUGCUGGGCAAAGAUUGGAGGAGGGGAAGGGAAAGGUGAGGGAGUACGGGGAAGCCACUAAAGAGAAGACGGGAGAGAAGGCGGAGGAGGCGAAGGAGAAAUUGAGGGAGUACACCAACAGCACGAAAGCGAAGGCGGCAGAGUACAAGGAUUCGGCGGCGCAGAAAACAGAGGAGGUCAAGGACAACAUCAAACAGAAAGCUGGCGAGUAUAAGGACUCUGCGACACAGAAGGCAGAGGAAAGUAAGGAGAAGCUUAAAGAGUACAAAGACUCUGCAGCGGAGAAGGCAGAGGAGAAUAAGGAAAAGCUGAAAGAGCAUGCAGGGGUCGAAGACCUGCAAGGUCGGGGUGGAGAUGACAGAGAGCAGGAGGGACGAGCUGGCGGUGUCCUGGGUGCCAUCGUCGGAGCCGUACAGGGGACUCUAGAGAAGGCCAAGGAGGUUGCUUUUGGUGGCUCUGGCGAGAGGGACGAGGAAGCGAAAGAGAAAGCUGGAGGGUACAAUGACGCUACUGGGCAGAUCAUAGACGGAGCAAAGGCCAACAUGAGGGCGUACGAUGAUAACAGGAAAGAGAAGGCGGAUGAGGCGAAGGAGAAAUUGAGAGACUACUCCGACAGCACAAAAGCGAAGACCAACGAAUACAAAGACUCUGCUGCGCAAAAAACAGAGGAGGUCAAGGACAACAUCAAAGAGAAGGCCGGCGAGUACAAGGACAGUGCAGCAGAGAAAACAGAGGAAAGCAAGGAGAAACUUAAGGACUACAAAAACUCUGCAGCGGAGAAAGCAGAGGAGGCUAAGAAGAACCUGCAAGACUACAAAGACUCUAUCGCGAAAAAUGCCCGAGAAACCAAGGACUCUAAUGCGCAGAAGCUAGUGGAUUACGGGGAAUCCACAAAGGAGAAGGCGGAAGAAACCAAGGAUUCUACCGCGCAGAAGCUUGGAGAGUACAAGGACAGUGCCGUGGAGAAGGCAAUAGAGGCAAAAGACAAGACAGGUGAAAAGGCCGAGCAGACAAAGGAUGAAACUUUGGAGAAGACAAAGGAAAGCAAGGACACCGUGAUGGGCAAAACGGUCGAUAAUGCACGCCGCGCUAUGGAGUUAUUGACGGGCGGAAGGAAGGAGAAUAAGCAAAGUGACGAUGAACAUCUUGAAACCACCAAGGAGUUUGGUGAGACCAAAAAGCCGGCGCAGGAAGAAUUAGAAGAUGCGGAGAAAAGUUUGAGGGAAAAAGAAGCGGUGGUGGAUUUUGGAGGGAAUUGAGGGUUAGGUUGAGGCUGCAUUGGACAUUCCAGCUGUUAAGGAAGAAGGCAGAGCAGAGCUCAGCCAGACGUUUAACGGCGUUGGACAAUGGAGAGGGGAGGGGGUAGUUGCAGGUGGUUUAAUCUUAGUGUGUAAUUGGGCAAAUUAUUACGUCCGGUGUUCGGAUUCAUUCGGACAUCAAUCCAAACGCGUCACGUUAUCAAAAUACAUCGCUAUUAGGUGUAUUCGGAUAACGUGGCAAGCCUGAAUUGGGUGUCCGGACAUCCGACGCUUCGCCAUUGUAAUUGUGCUUGCUUUUGAUUUAUUCUAGAAGCUAUUGGAGUUGGGAUUUCGUUAGUGGUCGUCGUCAGCAGGUUGGCAAAUUAUUGUGUUCGGUGUCCGGAUUCGUCUGUACACUAAUCCGGAGUCGCCACGUGAAGUGACGUGGCAUCACCGGAUUGGAUGUUCGGACGUCCGGCGACGGGACGCAAUAAUUCGCUAUAGCAGGUUGGAGGCAUUAAGCGGAUUUUGAGUCUCGUAAUAUGUAUACAGAAUAUGGUCAAAUACGUGAAGUGGCUCUCUUUUUCUUUUAAAUAAAUUGUGUUUGU